UGCUGCAGCCAAGAUGGCGCUGGCGGCGGCGGCGGCAGCCUGAGCGCGAUGCUACGGGUCUUCGGUGGCAGCUGCAGCGGCGGCGGCUGUGGCCUCGGCCGGGGCCUUGGAUCUCUCCUGGGCGUGAGCGCUCAGGCGCCUCUCCUCUGGCCCAGUUAACCCGGAUAAAGAGGAAACGGCCACGAAGAGAGGAGGCAGUGAGCUACAGGGAGAGAGCGCGACACCUCCUGCCCCGGCACCAUGGCAGGGAUCAUCAAGAAACAGAUCCUGAAGCACCUCUCCAGAUUUACCAAAAAUUUAUCUCCUGACAAGAUAAAUCUGAGUACCCUAAAAGGAGAAGGUGAACUGAAGAAUUUGGAGUUGGAUGAAGAAGUGCUCCAGAAUAUGUUGGAUUUGCCAACAUGGCUUGCCAUCAACAAAGUUUUUUGUAACAAAGCGUCCAUUAGGAUCCCAUGGACUAAACUGAAAACACAUCCCAUCGCUUUGUCCCUGGAUAAAGUAAUAAUGGAAAUGAGUACAUGUGAAGAACCACGAGCCCCUAAUGGCCCAUCACCCAUUGCAACUGCUUCAGGACAAAGUGAAUAUGGCUUUGCCGAAAAAGUAGUCGAGGGUAUUACUGUUUCUGUAAAUUCCAUUGUCAUCCGAAUUGGAGCAAAAGCCUUUAACGCAUCUUUUGAACUUUCCCAGCUUCGGAUAUAUAGUGUAAAUGCACACUGGGAACAUGGAGAUUUAAGAUUUACUCGUAUUCAAGAUCCACAGAGAGGAGAGGUUUUGACAUUUAAAGAAAUUAACUGGCAGAUGAUUCGAAUAGAGGCAGAUGCUACUCAAAGUUCGCAUCUUGAAAUUCUGUGUGCUCCUGUUCGAUUAAUAACCAAUCAAUCAAAAAUCAGAGUCACGCUAAAAAGAAGAUUAAAGGACUGCAAUGUCAUAGCAACAAAAUUAGUUCUAAUAUUGGAUGACUUAUUAUGGGUUUUAACGGAUUCGCAGUUGAAGGCCAUGGUACAAUAUGCAAAAUCUCUUAGUGAAGCAAUAGAAAAAUCAACAGAACAAAGGAAGAGUAUGGCUCCUGAACCUACACAGAGUUCUACUGUAGCACCAUCUACCCAGCAAGUGAAGACACCACAGACUUCAAAUGCGCCUGAUCUAAAUGAUGCAAUUGUGAAACUAUUCAGUGACUUUGAUGUUAAAGAAACCUCCCAUCAUUUAGUGAUUUCUCAUCUAGAUCUGCACAUAUGUGAUGACAUUCAUGCUAAAGAAAAAGAGUCAAACAGACGUAUUACUGGAGGGGCUAUGCAACUCUCUUUUACUCAGCUAACUGUAGAUUAUUACCCUUAUCACAAAGCAGGUGAUAGUUGUAACCAUUGGAUGUAUUUUAGUGAUGCAAGCAAAACAAAAAAUGGAUGGGCCAACGAGUUGUUACAUGAAUUUGAAUGCAACGUUGAAAUGCUUAAACAGGCUGUGAAGGAUCAUAAUGUAGGUUCACCUCCUAAAUCCCCAACACAUGCCUCUCCCCAGCACACACAAACAGAGAAAGAAUCAACUCUUAAAGGAGCUUCCAGAACACCUUCAGUAUUAUCUCAACAAUCAAAAGCUAAGCUGAUGUCUAGUUCUGUUGUGGUUAGACUUGCAGAUUUCAAUAUAUACCAGGUCUCUACAGCAGACCAAUGUCGUUCUUCCCCUAAAAGUAUGGUUUCCUGCAAUAAAAAAUCCCUGUAUCUUCCGCAAGAAAUGUCUGCUGUUUAUGUAGAAUUCACAGAAUAUUACUACCCAGAUGGAAAGGAUUUUCCAAUUCCAUCUCCCAACCUCUAUAGCCAGCUGAAUGCACUACAGUUGACUGUGGAUGAAAGAAGCAUUCUAUGGUUAAAUCAAUUUCUGUUGGAUUUAAAACAGAGCCUUAAUCAGUUUAUGGCUGUAUACAAGUUGAAUGACAAUUCAAAAUCUGAUGAGCAUGUUGAUAUUCGAGUUGAUGGCUUAAUGCUAAAGUUUGUCAUUCCUUCUGAAAUGAAAUCUGAAAGUCAUCAAGAUCAACCACGUGCAAUUUCUAUUCAGAGUUCUGAAAUGAUUGCCACAAACACAAGGCACUGUCCAAACUGUCGGCAUUCUGAUCUAGAAGCUUUAUUUGAAGAUUUCAAAGAGUGUGACUUUUUUAGUAAAACAUAUACCAGCUUCCCCAAAACAUAUGACAGUUUUAAUCUUCUACAUCCAAUCUUCCAGAGACAUGCUCAUGAACAAGAUACCAAAAUGCAUGAUGUUUACAAAGGAAAUAUUACUCCCAAGUUGAACAAGUAUACUCUAAAAACUUCUGCUGCCACAGAUGUUUGGGCUGUAUACUUUUCUCAAUUCUGGAUAGACUGUGAAGGGACGAAAAGUGGGAAAGGACGACCAAUAAAUUUUGUGGACUCUUUCCCUCUUUCUAUCUGGAUUUGUCAACCAACAAGAUAUGCAGAGUCACAAAAAGAGCUACAGAUGUGUAAUCAGGUACCUCUAAAUACAUCACAAAGUGAAUCUAGUGAUCUGGCUAGCCGACUGAAGCGGAAAAAGCUCUUGAAGGAAUAUUACAGUACAGAGUCUGAGCCUUUGACAGAUAGUGGUCAAAAACCGUCGUCAUCAGAUACAUUUUUAAGAUCUUCAUCAGAUGCAGAUAUUCAUGUUCUGGUUCACAUUCAUAAACAUGUCAGUAUGCAGAUCAAUCACUACCAGUACCUCCUCCUGCUUUUCCUCCAUGAGUCACUUAUUCUACUUUCAGAGAACGUAAGGAAAGAUGUAGAAGCAGUAACUGGCAGUCCUGCCAGUCAGACAUCAGUUUGCAUUGGAAUUUUACUUAAAAGUGCAGAAGUAGCUCUCUUGCUACAUCCAGUGGAUCAAGCAAAUACUCUUAAGUCCCCUGUGUCUGAAAGUGUGAGCCCAGUGGUUCCUGAUUGUUUGCCGACAGAAAAUGGAGAGUUUUUGUCUUCAAAAAGAAAACAAGUUAAUAAUAGUAUAAAUCAAAUUAGAAGUGUAACUGUUAAUCAUAUGGCAGACAGCAGAUCUAUGAGUGUUGACCUUAGCCCUGUUCCUUUGAAGGAUCCUUUGCUAUUUAAAUCAGCUAGUGAUACAAAUCUGCAAAAAGGUAUUUCUUUUAUGGAUUAUUUAUCAGAUAAAAAUUUAGAGAAAAUAAGUGAAGAUGAAAGUUGUGGCAUUGUUUACAAAAGCGGCUCAGGAGAAUUUGGAUCAGAAAUAAGUGACAAAAAAGAUUCAUCUACAAAUUCACAUAGUGUCUUACCCUACAGAGAAGAUUCAAGUAUGCUGUCAUUUGAUAACUGUGGAAACCAAAAUGUAUUUUCAAGUAAUGGUAAAGAAAGUGAAACCAUGGAAUUAUUUGUCAAAGCUGAAGAUUUUGUUCCAGAAACAGCUUCACUCUCUGAGAACCUAGACAUCGGUAAAGAAGAGAUAUCCACAGUUAGAACACUUAAAUCACAGUCAUCUUUAAGUGGAAAGCCUAAGGAACGUUGCCCAUCCAACAUGGCUCCACUCUCUGUUUCUUAUAAGAACAUGAAAAGAAGCCCUUCACAAACCUCACUGGAUACCAUUUCACUUGACAGCAUGAUAUUAGAAGAACAGUUGUUAGAGAGUGAUGGAAGUGAUAGCCAUAUAUUUUUGGAAAAAGGUAUUAAAAAGAACUCAGUUACAAAUUACCAGAGCCCAGCAGAGAGUGUGAAUGCCAGUGCAAACGUACAGAGUUACGGUGAAACCUCUCCGGAUGCCAUCAGUACAAAUUCAGAGGGUGCUCAAGAAAAUCAUGACGACCUGAAGUCAAUCGUGGUGUUUAAAAUUACUGGUGUUAAUGGGGAAAUUGACAUCCGAGGGGACGAUAUUGAAAUAUGUCUUCAAGUGGACCAAGUAACACCAGACCAAUUAGGCAACAUCAGUUUGCGGCAUUACCUUGGUAAUCGUUCCGUAGGUUCAGAUCAGAAAGCUAUAAUUCAUUCCAAAACCUCUCCUAAGAUUACUCUGAGAUUUGAAAGUGGGCCUGGUGCUGUAAUACACUCUUUGCUUGCAGAAAAAAAUGGGUAUCUGCAAUGCCACAUAGAAGAUUUUAGCACUGAGUUUCUAACAUCUACUCUUACGAAUAUUCAGCAUUUUUUGGAAGAUGAAACUGUUGCAACAGUGAUGCCAAUGAAGAUACAAAUUUCUAACACAAAAAUAAAUUUAAAAGAUGACAGUUCACGUGGUAGUAUGAUACCCCUUGAACCAGUUCCUGUAACCAUCCAUAUUGAUCAUCUUGUGGUGGAAAGAAACGAUGAUGGCUCUUUUCAUAUCAGAGAUUGUCAGAUGCUGAACACUGGUAGUGAUUUGAAAGAAAGUACCCAAAGUGAUUCAGUGCUGCUGACAUGUGGAAAGUGUGAUCUGAAGAAACACCACAGUGUCACUCAAGCCCCUCAGACGAGUCCGGACGUCUCUUGCCCUUCUCAGGACUUUACUAGGGAACAGCUCAUGGAGGAGAAUGAAUUUCUUAAACAGGAACUGGCUAAAGCUAAAAUGGCUCUUGCAGAGGCUCACAUGGAAAAAGAUGCUCUUCUUCACCAUAUAAAGAAGAUGCAGUUGAAUAGCAGGAAUGGCAAUCAAGAACUCCAAUUAUAUAGCUCUGGAGUAGAAGAUUAUAUUUGUAACACGGGUAUUACCAAAUAAUGGAAGACUUUCCUUUUCGUGAAAAGAACAAUAAAAUGAAAUGGAAUGUGGUAAAGUGGUGACUAUUUCAAACCCAGUUUAGAAAGUAUUAGGUACAAGCAUUACAAUCUUUUGAUUGUUGUGUUUUUUAGGGUUUAACCCUGUUUUAAACUGGUGUGACCUGGGAAGUCAAUGCAUACUGUAAAGUGAUUACAUGCUUAAUGAAAACAAGUUGUCAUUUCCUAAUUUUGACAGCACUAUAGGCAUUUUUUAAAAAGAGAAAUGAAAACUAUUGUGUUCACACUGAUUGCUGAAUUUAUUUCUCACUAUUUGUUUAUGUUACUAUUAUUUACAAAGAUUCAAAUGCUUUUAGAGCUAAUGUAAAAUAAAAGGAGGAUUACAUGUUAAAUCUUAUUAAAAUAAUGUACUUAAAUCUAUAUUUAAUUACUGUAAAAAGACCAAUCAAAUUAAUAAAUUAUAUAAUUACUGAGUUUGCACAUCGGGAAAAUCAUCACCCUACUGAAUUUAUGAAGUAACUUGAAAAUGUGAAAAAAAAAAAAAUCAUUUUAAAUGGUGGGUAAACUAUAUAAGUUGAAGCUAUAAUUUUCAACAUAAAAAUGAUACAAAUGUGAAAAUAAAAAGCACAAACUAAAAAAGUAAAAUAUUAGAGUAUAUGGCCAAGUGAUUUAAAGUGUAUUACUUAUACAUUCCUUUCAACAUUUACUGUUAGACAUAAAAGAGUAAUUUAACUAUCCUGCUAAAUUUGGCAGCAUUUGUAACUAUAUAAAUUUUAAUUAGUACUAUUUAUAUUAUUUCUUUACCUUCAUCUUUCCUCAAAGAGGGGAAUGUUUUCCGAGAAUUUUCUUUUCACACACAUAAAACAAUUUCAUACCAUUCUUGUAGUGUCAAAUUAGGUGGGUGUUUGCACAUACUGAUAUAAAGCUAGCUUUGAUUAAUGCUCUAUGUGACGUAUGUACAAUCUUCUAUAAUAGGAAUAAUUGGUAAAAUUUGAGUUCUAUUUUCUAGGAAUUGUUAAAGUUGGAAAUAACAUGAGAGAAUCUCAGUCAUGUAUUAUGAAAUAAAAGUACAUAAGUGUUAAAGAAAUAGGCUUUUAAAGAUUUAAAAUAUAUUUCUGAUAGAUUUAAACUAAGUGGGAUCUAUUUUAAAAUUCACAUUCUUAAACAUUAAUAUAUCCAAGAUAGAACAUGAAACAGCUGGAUUAUCAUUUCGUUAAGAUACUUGAAAAUUCUAAACUCACUGAGACACUUUAUGGUGCUUUGCUUGUUUGGCAUGACUUAUAAUAGGCAUUCCUCUAUCUCAGUACUUGGGGAAAAAUACAUAUUUCAUUUACCUUAAGUGUUGGAGUCAUUUUAAUUUUAUUUAAAACAAUACUGGCCUUUUUUUCCUUAUUCUAUUAUAUCCAUUUUCAUUGACAUUAUUUAGAAAAACAGGUACUUUUUUGGGAGCUGAUGAUACAGCAAAGAACAAAUUAAAUUGUUAUUUUACCUCAGAGUAUUUUUUAAAAAAUGUUAAAUCAUGUCCAUCUAGAACUAUAUAAUAGCCUUAGUUUAAAUGCAAAAGUCUAAUGAAAGAUUAAUAAUGUAUAGCUUAUGUCCUUCAUAGAGUACCUUUGACUUGUAUAUAUAUAUUCAACAAAUCCAGUCUCUAUUAUGGAAAAGCAGGAUUGAAGGUACAUUAACUUCUUCAAACUGACAGUGUUUCUUGGGAUUGACCUAUUUGUUUUAUAUAUAUUUCAGUUUUAUCUGUGGUUUAUUAUAAUUGUUUAUUGUUACAGAAAAUGAAUGUUUUCUUUAUCCCUUUUAAAUAUAUUUGGCCUUCCCAAGAAAAUCAUAUAAACAGUAGAGAUGAUGAGUAAUAUGGAUCUGAGUAUUCUAUACGCUUUGCUGGAUUUUUUUUUUUUUUUAUUUAUUUAUAAGGAGUACUAUUUUUAUAGAGAUUUAAAAUCCUAAAGCAUUUCCAAAAACAUCAUCUCAUUAUAAUUUCCAUAACAAAUCUAGGAGGUAGGUAUUAAGCACAUUUUAGAAGUUAAAACAAAUACCCUUUGACUCAGAAAAGACAAGUGACUUGACUAAAAUCACAAUUAGUAACCUGGUCUUUGACUUAAAACCUAGUUAUAACCAAUUAUUUUAGCUUAGUCAUAACUUACAGAUUUUUUGUUUUUUGGACAGGAUUCAUGUAAUGUCUUUUAUUUGUUCUUUUAAAGGUUAAUUUAAUAGUAUGUGUGGAUGAUGUGUGUCUUUGUGUGUGUAUUAUUCAAGUGCUUAAAAAAUGUGGGGACAGUUUUUGCUUAAGUUGAUCCAAAAUUUUAGCAAUAUAAGAAAUACAGGAAUAAACCUGUAUUAAACUUAUCAGGGUUUUUUAAAUGGCUAUAAAUUAGAAAUAAAGUUAUCACAUCUUGAAAUUUUCUUUGCUAAAUCUCUGACAGAAGAUGUUAAUGAUCAGGGAGAAAUGGUAAUCAUGUUUUGUGUUUUAAUUUCAUGUGUUGCCAAAAAAAUGGUUUUGGUAUCUCCUGUUUUUUUUUUGUUUUGUUUUCUCAUCCUAGCCUAGAAGUUCAAAAGACCACCAUGUGCCACUAGUUGUGAUGAGACACUAUUUUUAUUGAAGCCAUGUAAGAAUGGUUAUGCAUGACUACAGGCAAAUAUAUAUGGAAAAAUUAACCAGAAACUCCUUUCUGGGUUUUUAUUAUUGUUGCUGUUAUUCAAUGUUUGUCAAUACAAGUGUUCUAAGGUCGUCUUUAAUAAGUUUUUAUUAACCUCCAGUCUAAUCAACACAUCUUCUUAUCUCAGUGAAUUCACCCAGGCUUCCAAACUAGUAACAUAGAAUUCCAUCUUAGACACCUUCCUCUUCCUCACCUUCUCCCCAUAACCAGUUCAUUACCAAGUCCUGUGAUUUUACCUUCUAAACAUCUCUCAAAUUUCUCCUUCUCACUACCUGUCUAAGCUGCCAUCAACAUCUUUUGCCUGCAUUACUGCAGUUGCCUACUAAAUGGUCUUUCUGCAGCUCCUCUGGCCCUCCUUGGAUUUUUCUGUACUGCAGGCAGAAUAAUCUUUUUCAAAGUGUAACUGUAAUCAAGUUGACCACCUACCCCGACUCUCACCUUUACCUAAAACGCUUCAGUGAAUUUUCAUUGCUUUUAUAAUGAAAACAAAAAUAUUUUAUGUAACCUAUGAGGUCACAUAUGUUAGGGUCAUUAUCUACUUCAUAUAGUAGUUCUGAACAUUAAAUGAGAGUUCAUGUCUCAAAAGAUUAACACAGUGGUUGGUAUAUCACCUAUAAAACACCCAGUAGAGGUUAGCUAUUAUUAUUACCACUUAGCUUCAUUUUGGACCAUGUUUUACUUACUUUGUGUUUUACCUUCAUUGUCUUUCCGGUAUCAGGAAUAAGUGAGGACUAAAGUGUUCCAUGCUUCUUCCACCAUAGGACCUUUGUUCAUGGUAUUCCUUUGGCUUGAAAUACUUUUCCCUCCUUGUUGCCUAGUUAAUUCCUAUUUGUCUUUUACAUCUCAGCUCAUUCAUUACUCCCUCAAGGAAGUGUUCCCAAACUUCUUUGACAGAGUUAAGACCCCCUAUUAUGCAUUCUCACAUGACCACACACCACUUCUUAGCAUUUAGCACCAUUGUAAUUUUAUAUGUAUUUGUUUGAUUAAUGGCAGACUCACUAGAUUGUAAACUCCAUGAGGACAGGAACUGUGUCUCUUUUGUUGUCAUUGUUCAGUUUUGUAUUCCCUAUGCCUAAUACAGUGCCUGGCACAUAGGAGGUGCUCAAUAAAUUUGUUGAAAGAAUAAAAUGAAUGGAUGAGAUACCAAGGAUGUUUCUCAGGUAUUGAAUGGUGGGGUGGGGAGAUUAGAAUGCUCUUCUCAGCUGGAUCAAAUUAUUUGAGUCUAUAGUGGAAAAAAAUGUAGCGAGUGGGGAGAUUUGACAUAACUGUGUUUUUCAGAAUUUUGAAUGAGCUUCUAGUUGAUUUGUCACAAUCACAAGAUAAAAAAUUAAUACAUCACUUCAUGGUACUGCUACAGUCCCAGAAUGUCAUCUGGCUUUGACUGUAACAUAUGGUGUUGUGGCUGUCAAGAUCUGCCAGUCUUAUCUGCUAAACAGAAUGGAAAUAAGACCAAAAGAGUAGCAGCUGAAAUAGCUUCUUUUUGGAAAUUGACUGAUACUCAGGAUAAUUUUCAGUUGUGCCUAAUUCCUUAAAGUGCAAACAAUCGCAUUUUAGCUUGCACCUAGAGGUGCUAUGGAAAUUAUUUUUUUAACUAUGUUUCAGUUUCUUCUAGACUGUAAAAUACCAAAAUUUGGAAUUACACAGGAUAGAGAAACACUAAAACAACGAUAAAACCCCAGUUGCCAUCAAGUCAAUUCCAACUCAUAGUGACCCCAUGUGUUU